AUGAUGGAGACGGAGGACCAAUCAGAGCUCUGCUUUCCACAACUCAGCAACACCUCCUGCAGGAAGCCCACGUCUCAUUGGUCUGAAGGUGUUCUUUUGACUGUUCUGCUGUACAUCAUCUGCAUCUUCACCGUGGUUCUCAACCUGCUGGUCAUCAUCUCAGUCUCCCAUUUCAGGAGGCUUCACACUCCCACCAACCUCCUCCUCCUCUCUCUUGCUGUCUCUGACUUUCUGGUGGGCUUCUUUUUGUGGCCUGGUGAGAUCUACUUGAGAACAUCCUGCUGGACUCUUGGUGAUGGUCUUUGUUCUCUGUAUAAUUUCUCAUCCUUCAUAGUGACCUCUGUGUCAGUAGGAAACAUGGUGCUGAUAUCAGCUGACCGUUAUGUUGCUAUUUGUGAUCCUCUGCAUUAUAAAACCAAAGUCACUGUGAAAAAAGUUCAACUUUGUGUUUGUCUCUGUUGGUUCUUUGCUAUCCUUUACAGCAGUGCAAUUUUAAAAGAUGAUUUGACUCAUCCUGGAAAGUAUAAAUCAUGUCAUGGAGAGUGUGUCAUUAUUAUUGACUAUUAUGCAGGAGUUGUUGACCUUGUUUUGAGCUUCAUCCUUCCUCUCAGCAUCAUCAUCACGCUGUACUUGAGAGUGUUUGUGGUUGCUGUGUCUCAGGCCCGAGCCAUGCGUUCUCAUGUUGCGUCAAUCAAACUACAACAUUCAGUCGCUGGAAGAGCAAAGAAAUCAGAGUUGAAGGCAGCCAAGACUCUUGGUGUUCUUGUUCUUGUCUUCCUUAUGUGUUUCUGUCCAUAUUACAUUGUCACUCUUACAGGUGAUAGCGUGUUAAGUGCCUUAUUGGCAACAUAUGUGCUUAAUGUGUACUAUCUUAACUCUUGUUUGAACCCGUUGAUAUAUGCCCUGUUUUAUCCCUGGUUUAGAAGAGCUGUUAGAUACAUACUCACUCUGCACAUACUGCAGCCUGGCUCCUCUGGGAACAACAUACUGUAG